AUGCCAUACCUGCGCUCGUGGGAGGAGUUCGCGAAGGCGGCGGAACUGCUAUACCUGGACGAGCCCUCCAAGUGUCGGUUUACCAUGAAGUACAGACACAGUGAUGGCAAACUGGUCCUCAAGUGCACGGACAACACCGUGUGUGUGAUGUACGCCACGCAACACUCCCAGGACAUCAAGAAAGUCGAGAAACUCACCACUCAUUUG